GUGCGCAGCGUGGAAGCCUGCAGCCCGUGUGAGGUCACCAUGGUUCGGGUCCCCAUGCUUCGGGUCCCGAUGGUUCUGGUCCUCCGGAGGCUCAGCGGGCCGCCGGGCCGCUCCUCUGCCCGCUUAGCGCGCUCCUGCUGCGGCUCCGCCCCUCCGGAGCGGCCCGCCGCCUGGGUCCGGAGCUCCUUCCUGGACUUCUUCCGGGACCAACACGGACACCGACUGGUCCCGUCCGCCCCGGUCCGGCCCAGAGGGGACCCCAGCUUGCUGUUUGUCAACGCCGGCAUGAACCAGUUCAAACCGGUCUUCCUGGGCACCGCCCACCCCCUCAGUGAGAUGGCGUCCUAUCAGAGAGUGGUGAACUCUCAGAAGUGCGUCCGAGCCGGAGGGAAACACAACGACCUGGAGGACGUCGGCCGGGACGUCUACCACCACACCUUCUUUGAGAUGAUGGGGACCUGGUCCUUUGGAGACUACUUCAAGGAGGAGGCGUGCUUCAUGGCGUGGAGCCUCCUCACAAAGCAUUAUGGGAUACCUGCAGACCGCCUGUACGUGUCGUACUUCGCUGGAGACGCAGCCUCGAGGUUACCGGCUGACGACGAGACGCGGCUCAUCUGGCUGGAGAUGGGGGUUCCUCCGGCUCGCCUCCUGCCGUUCGGCCUGAAGGAGAACUUCUGGGAGAUGGGGGACUCGGGUCCAUGUGGGCCCUGCACCGAGAUCCACUACGACCACGUGGGGGGGCGGGACGCCGGGGCGCUCGUCAACGCCGACAGUCCUGACGUGGUGGAGAUCUGGAACCUGGUCUUCAUGCAGUACAACAGGGAGCCGGACCGCAGCCUGCGGCCGCUGCCCCGCCUCAGUGUGGACACCGGGAUGGGACUGGAGAGGCUGGUGAGCGUCCUGCAGGGCAAGAGGUCCAACUACGACACGGACCUGUUCACCCCCCUGCUGCAGGCCAUCCACCAGAGGUCGGCGGUGGCCCCGUACGGCGGGCAGACGGGCGCGGCGGACCGGGGGAAGGUGGACACGGCGUACCGCGUGGUGGCCGACCACGUCCGCACGCUGGCGGUCUGCAUCGCCGACGGAGUUCAUCCCGGCAUGUCGGGAGCCGAGCUGGUGCUGAGGAGGGUUCUGCGCCGGGCGGUCCGGUACUGCGUGGAGGUCCUUCGGGCUCCUCGGGGGGCGCUGGCCGGCCUGGUUCCUACCGUCGCCCACACACUGGGCGGCGUGUACCCAGAGCUGCACAGGGAGGCGGACCGGAUCAUGGACGUCAUCAACGACAACGAGGCUCACUUCCUGUCGUCUCUGCAGCAGGGCAGCCGGCUGAUCCACCGCGCGCUCCACCGGGAGGACUACAAACAUGGAGUCUUCCCAGCCUCGGUGGCCUGGUCUCUGCACAGGGACCUGGGCUUCCCCCUGGACCUGGUGGACCUGAUGCUGGAGGAGAAGGGGGUCCAGGUGGACCGCGAGGAGCUGGACCGCCUGAUGGCAGAGAGCCACGAGGUGUCGUCUGGGCUCCGGUCAGGUGUCCGGGCUCAGGUGAGGCUGGACGUCCUCAGCCUGGCGGAGCUGCAGCGCCUCGGAGUCCCUCCGACCGACGACGGCCUCAAGUACCAGUACACUCUGGACCAGGACCGCUACGUGUUCCCAGCAUGCCUUGCAACAGUGGUGGCUCUACACGACGGCCAGACUCUGGUGUCAGAGGUCACCGAGGGUCAGCGCUGCGGGGUCAUCCUGGACCAGACCUGCUUCUACUCUGAGCAGGGGGGUCAGUCCCACGACCGCGGCUACUUCACCCGGGCCGGGCUGCAGGACGUGCUGUACCCGGUGGAGGCCGUGGUCCAGGCGGGGGGGUACGUGCUGCACCAGGUCUCUGCCUCCGCCCGCCUGAGGACCGGAGACCGCGUCCAGCUGCACCUGGACCAGGUCCACAGACUGUCCUGCAUGGUGAACCACACAGCGACUCACAUCCUGAACUUUGCCCUGAGGAAGGUUCUGGGUCCCUCGGUUCAGCAGAGAGGAUCUCACGUGUCGGCCGAGCGGCUCCGCUUCGACUUCAGUGUCAAGAGGUCUCUGGAUGUCUCUCAGCUGCAGCAGGUAGACAGGUGUGUGAGUGACAUCAUCUCAGCCAAUCAGACGGUCCACAGCCAGGAGCUUCCUCUGCAGGAGGCCAAGAGCAUCAAGGGGCUGAGGACAGUGGACGAGGUGUAUCCGGACCCGGUCCGGGUGGUAUCCGUGUUGAUGGGCAAGGAGACGGACAAAGAGACUUCUGUAGAGCUCUGCUGUGGGACUCACCUGCUGCAGACCGGAGCCAUCGAGGAUCUUCUGAUCGUGUCUGAGAGACAGACGGUGAAAGGAGUCAGUCGGAUCAUCGCUGUGACGAGACGGGAGGCUCAACGGGCGCGGGAGCAGGGCCAGGCGUUGGCUCAGGAUGUGGCCUCUCUGGCAGCCAGACUCACGAGCUCCGCCCCCACCAGCCUCGACGCCGCUCAGCGGCUCGCCAAAGAGGUCGGAGUCCUGUCGGAUGCUGUGGACAACACCCCCAUCCCUCAGUGGCAAUGCAGAGACCUGCAGACUGGACUCCGCGCUCUGCAGAGGACCAGUAACACCGCCGUCAGGAAGCUGGAGGCGAGAGAGGCUGCCCUGAAAGCUCAGGCUGUGCUGGAAAAGAACGGCAGGAAGGAGCUGCAGGUGGACUCUGUGGAGACGGACUCUCUGUCGAUUUUGAUGAAGACGGUGAAUCAGCUGAGCGCCGCUGCUCCUCACAGUCACGUGAUGCUGCUCGCUCCCCAAAGGCAUUCUGGGAAGGUUCUGUGUGCCUGUCGGGUGCCUCAGGGCUCCACGUCCCUGACGGCGUCUGAUUGGGCGGUCGCGGUGUGUCGCCACCUCGGGGGAGGAGCCGGUGGCACGGCGCUGGUUGCCAAAGGAACAGGAAGCAGUGGUGACAUCACCGAGGCUCUGAGGUGGGCGGAGCGCUUUGCUCACCAGAAAACACGAUGACAUCACAAGGUUGAGGAGUGGGCGGGGCUCCAGAUGACUAAGCCCCGCCUCGAAGCUGGAGGGGGCCUCUUCUCAUUGGACGACAUUAUUUAUGACAUAUUUUAUAAAUCGUAACUUUUUGUUUUUCAAUAAAUCACUUCAGACUCA